CAACGCCAAUCUAACACCAAUCACGCUGACCCUAAAUGCACACUAAACCCGUAGCUCGUGCACCACCAGUCGCACUAUCGCUCGAACUACCAUGCGUGGUCGCUAUCUCAGCCUUUCUCUCAAACAGGGGUCAACGGUUAGCUUGCUGCUCAGCCUCGUCGCUGGUAGAGAGGGUGUAGUGAACAGCCACAAUGGCCUCCCUCCAUGUCGAGAUAAGGACCAUGGACCAUGAGGUAUAAAGGCGUCAUCUAGAACGUCUGGCGGAUGGAAUCAAUGGACUUUUCCUUCUAAGCUUUCAACUCAUCAUCUUAUAUAUCUGCUAGAGAUUUUUGUUCUUUGCGCUGCUUGUGUCCUACGUACUGAACCGCAACCAGUGAGCAAGCGCUUCCACUUUAGUUGUCUACUGCAUACCCAGCCUGCCCUUGCUGUCCAUCCGGCACACAACAUAAUGACACGCCAUCUCUCCGACAUUCUCGGAAUCUACCCAGAAAGCCAACCCUGUGUUGGCUGGGCGCCCUCAAAGGGCCGUCAGUGCCGCAACCCCACAAACGCCAGAAACCGCCGACAUGCAGUUUCCCUUCUCGACCAAGGGACCCGCUUGCUCAGAGCCGGCCAGUCUAUUGAUCAUGUACUGGAGGAGUUGGCUCCUCUCGUCCUCUGCCGACAUUAUCACCAGAACCAAGCUGCUGGCCUAACUGAUACUUGGGUCUCUCGAGUCGAUGAAUACAUCGCUGGACAUCGGUCUCCUCCUUGGAGCUCGCCGAGUAGAUCGAUGCCUCGGCGGUCACCAUCACCAAGGAUGCGUGAUGAAACAAGAAUCAUAGAGAAUAGACUUGCGGAACUCGAAAGGAAGAUGCAGGAUGCAAUUCGUAAGGCAGAGCGAGCGGAGCGGGAGAAAGAGCGGGCGAGGAGAGACGCAGAGCGCACUAGACGGGAGACUGAAGACAUGGUCAGAAGAAGUGCGGCUAUGGGAUACGCCCGAGGACAGGAAGAAGCGAGAAGAAGAGCUUCACCUUCUCCUACUGUCGAGACUGAGACUACUACGGUGGAGCGCAACGAGGCAUACGGGUUCCAGAGGAACUCGGAGUCCAGUGGCUUGCUGUCUUCACGGAGGCAGGAUGCUCGUGGAGGGAGUGUUGAAACAACCUUGCAGGUCAACACUUCCACUAGCACGAACGUGCAACUACGCAGAAGCACCAUUGUUAGCACAACCAGGGUCCAGAGGACAAGCGAUGGCCCAGCUACUCCUGCUCAAGCUGAACGACGUGCUGCUACCCCGAGCUCUGUGUCUAGGGUAGUUGAGAUCGGUGAUACUAGCGAUGCACUAGCUACUCCUUCCCCUGCCCAGCAAAGCAGCACCAAUGCUACCUCCGGCCCCAGCGCUACGGGCUCGAGCACAAGAAGAGCACUUAGCCUUCCUAGCACAGAAACCGACUCUGCCAAUACCACAACUACACCCAACAAUGAAGAGCGUCCUUCAUCCACAACCACCCAGGAAUCCGAAUCCACUCCUCCUACAGGAACCUCAGAAACCACCACUCCAAACCCUCCACUUCCAAGUCCUCCUACCUCAAACAACGAAGAAUCUCGCUCUACCACCACAGACACUCCAGAAUCUACAACCACCCAAGACACCACCUCCCAGCCUACCCCUACCUCUACCUCCAUCUCUACCCCCCAACACCUCCCGACACCCCCAUCAACCCCCCCUCCCUCCAUCAUCCCACCCACCAUCUCAGAACAUGGCAUCACCCGCCACCCCAUCGAAGGCGACUGCUGCAUCUGCCUCUGCGCUCUACAAAAGGAGUCUACCGAACACAACCAUACCUCUGAUGACGACACCUCCCUCGUCUGGUGCCAGAAGCAAUGCGGAAAUAACUUCCACCGCGAGUGUAUGGACCGGUGGAUAGCUUCGGCGCUUGAAGGCGAUCGGCAGACGAGUUGUCCGAUGUGUCGGGGGCAGUGGUGAUACCUCUUUCCUUUCCCUUAAGUCGUUGAUUUGGUUGGUUGUUGGUAAGGUUGGAGUUGGGAUAUAGUUUUGGAUGUCAUUGCAUGAGUUAUGAUUUAUGAUUUGAUGUUUUGAUUUGAUGUGAUGUGAUAUCCUUGGUUAUCUUUCGCUGGAUUGCUGGUGUUGGUGUUGGUGGGUAAUAGCCUAAUGACUAGCUCGUUGAUACUAUUUAUUAUGAUAUUUUGGAGUUGCAUUUCAUGUUCAGGAAGUGUGCGUGGUAUUGUGGGGUCUAAUCUCGUAGGCUAUACUAAGAGAGACUGUUCCCUCAGUUUACUUGUUCGUUCAUGACUACUGCUUACUUCGGC